ACAGCAUACUAUUAGAUGAUCCGAAUGACAGUGUGAGGGAUACGAGUCACAGCAUAGGGGAUACAAAUCACAGUGUAUGGGAUAAAAAUCACAGUGUGGGGGAUAAAAAUCAUAGUGCAGGGGAUAAAAAUCACAACAUAGGGUCCCCCUAAUGCCUAACUGCACUGGCGAGAAGCCUACAUGUAAGUCCUGAAUAAAUCGUGUCUCCUGUUCUCUCUCUCCAGGCAGUGAGAUGACAAACAAGGAAGUCAGCAUGGAGGUGAGAGAACAGCACAACACCAUCCACUGGUUCCGCAAGGGCCUCCGUUUCCACGACAACCCCUCCCUCCUGCACGCCCUGCGCACCUCCCAUCACGUGUACCCGGUCUUCGUCAUGGACUUAGAUUUCAUGAAGGACUUCAAGAUCCGCAGCGGAGCCAACCAGUGGAGGUUCGUGAUAGAGUGCCUGCAGGACUUGGACACGCGGCUGCGCGCGUACGGCCUGCGACUGUUCGUGGCUCGCGGGAACGCGGAGGCGUUCUUCGCGGAACAUUUCCGGAAGUGGAACAUCACGCAGCUCACGCACGACGUGGAGACGGAACACUACCACCGUUUCCGUGACGCGGCGGUGAGAAAGAUUGCGGUAGACGAGGGGGUGGAAGUUGUCAACUACGUGGCGCACACACUUUACAACAUCGACAAGAUAAUAGAAUACAACGGGGGCUCGGCACCGCUAACAUACAGGCAGUUCCAAAAGGUCCUGAAAGACUUCGGAGCGCCGCCUCAGGCCAGCGAGACCGCCACAGCGGAGCACUUCGCCAGCUGUUCUGUGCCUCUGGAGGCCUUACGUGACGAGCGGUACAACAUGGUCACACUGGAAGAGCUGGGGAUGAGGUGUGAACACCCCAGCAAGUUUGUCGGAGGGGAAACAGAGGGGCUAAGGAGAGUGGAGAAGCAUCUUCAGAACCAGGGUUGGGUAACCCAGUUCGAGAAGCCGAAGACAGCGCCCACCUCCCUCCUACCCAGCACCACUGGCCUCAGCCCCUACUUCAGCUUCGGCUGCCUCUCCGUACGACACUUCUACCACCGACUGGACAAGAUAUAUGCAAAGGCGAAGAACCAUUCGCUGCCGCCGGUGUCGCUUCAGGGCCAGCUGCUGUGGCGAGAGUUCUUCUACGUGGCGGCGGCGCAGACCCCGAACUUCGUGGUGAUGGCGGGAAACCCGAUCUGCCUCCAGAUCCCGUGGUACGAGAACAGGGAGCAUCUCCGCAGGUGGAGAAAUGCGGAGACAGGCUUCCCCUGGAUAGAUGCCAUCAUGUCCCAGCUACAGAAGGAGGGAUGGGUCCACCACUUGGCACGGCACGCUGUGGCCUGCUUCCUAACCAGAGGGGACCUGUGGAUCUCCUGGGAGGAGGGGCAAAAGGUGUUUGAGGAGCUCCUACUGGACGCAGACUACAGUGUGAACGCUGGGAACUGGAUGUGGCUGUCGGGCAGCGCCUUCUACCACCAGUACACACGCAUCUUCUGUCCCGUUAGGUUCGGCAAACGGACGGAUCCUGAUGGGACCUUCAUCAGAGCGUACCUUCCAGUUCUGAAGGACUUUCCUGCCCAGUACAUCUACGAGCCGUGGAAGGCGCCGCUCGAUGUUCAGGAGGCGGCAGGGUGCAUUGUGGGAAUGGACUACCCCUUCCCGAUGGUAGACCACGAGAUCGUGAGUCAGCAGAAUUUGGAGCUGAUGCGGGAAAUCAGGGAACAACAGCGACAGAUCACGCUACUUACACUGGAUCUCGCUGACCGCCUGACCGCACGUUUGUCCCUUUCGCCUCAGAGUUCUCCAAACGACCCAAGCAUAAAUACACAGAGGGAAGAGACGAUGAGAGCAGCACCAGUACCGAGGGAGGAGGCAGAAAGAGGAAACGCCCCGUCCACCCUGACAACGAUGAUGAGAUCGUGAAGGUGGUGGUCACCAUGGCAUUGUGAGACUCCGGCAAAAUGUCCUGUAUUUUCAUUAUGUGUGAUGGCUUGUGUGAUUGGUCACAUUACUGUAAUCAGGGAAUGAAAUUCACAUGAAAGGAAACUAAAGAAGGUCUGGUUGAAAAACCUAUCACAAAGUCACAUUCACACUCGUAUUUCAUCAGUACAUUGAAAUUUCUGCCCUGUCGGAAUUUGAAAUUAAUGCCUCAAUCAGGUGCCUGAGUCUUGCCUUUGACUGCAUGACGUCACAAGACUGGGAAUUCCUCUCUCCUGCUAAGGAAUAUACUGGAUAGGUUGAGGAGGGGAGCAGAGCUACUUUUACAGGUCAUAUAUAUAGAAAUGCUUCCCUCCUAGCCUUUUCAAUCGAAACUUCCUUUCUUUUAAGUGUGAUGGCUUUAUACAUGCUUCCCUCCUAGCCUUUUCAAU